GCACGUUGCAGUCGCAGCAGCAGGAACGCAGAGAUAUAUGCGGGAUUAUAGAGCUAAACCCGGGCCAGUCAUCGCUGAACACAGCAGCCACAGAAAGGAAAGCAAUCGCGUGCGGUGCUCUCAUUUCGUGCAUUGCGUCUGACAAGAAUCCAGGAUUGCACGUCGCCGUGGGAUUCUCACUCUUAUUAUAACCGUGCCAAAGGCCCCUUAAAACGAAUGUAAUGUAAACGUCUACAGCGAUGUGGUUAUUUUCCUGCGGAUGAGCUUCCGUUGUCCGUCUCUCCCCCUCCCGUUUUCCAUCCAUCCCAAUACAGAACCAUCUUUCAUCCACUGGACUCUCCUAGACCUGUUUAUGAAGACGGAAGGGGGAGCGUAAUGACCGCACGCUUCCGGUUGCCCGCUGGCAGAAGUAACGAUGUGGGAGCCGUGGAGGAGUCCAGAGAGAGACAUUUGCUGGUGGUGUGUAACGUUUUGCUGUUGGACAACACAGUGCAGACAUUCGAAGUCAACAAGCAAGAUCAGGGCCAGACCUUGUUAGACAUAGUCUACAAACAUUUGGAGCUGACGGAGCGCGACUACUUCGGCCUUCAGCUAGCGGACGAUUCUUUGGACAGCCCGAGGUGGCUGGAUCCUAACAAACCUGUUAGAAAACAGCUAAAAAGGUCGUCGUCUCAUAAUCUGAGAUUUAGGGUGAAGUUUUUUGUGAGCGACCCCAGUAAACUACAGGAGGAGUACACGAGGUAUUUGUACUUUCUACAGUUAAAGCAGGAUAUUCUAAGUGGAAGACUUCCAUGCCCUCAGAAUACCGCAGUACUUUUGGCCUCUUAUGCUGUUCAAGCUGAGUUCGGGGACUACAGUCACUCUGAACAUUCGCCCGGGUAUCUCUCCGAGUACAGCUUCAUUCCCAACCCGCCACAGGACUUUGAGAAAGAGGUCUCCAAACUUCACCAAGAGCACAAUGGACUCACUCCAGCUCAGUCCGAGUUUAACUAUUUGAAUGCCGCUCGCACGCUGGAGUUAUACGGUGUGGAAUUGCACUAUGCUCGGGACCACUGUAACGCUGAGAUUUACAUCGGAGUUUUGUCUGCUGGUAUCUCGAUCUAUAAGGACAGGGUACGAAUCAACAACUUUCCAUGGUUGAAAAUUGUAAAAAUAUCUUUUAAAUCUAAGCAGUUUUUUAUACAAUUAAGAAAAGAACUGAGUGAAAACCCUGAGAGUUUAUUGGGCUUUAACAUGAUGAACUACAGAGCAUGUAAGAACAUAUGGAAGGCCUGCGUUGAGCAUCAUACGUUCUUCAGACUGGAGCGGCCCGUUCCUCCUGAGAGGAACCUGUUUCUGCAGUACUUCACCCUCGGAUCCAAAUACCGCUACUGUGGAAGGACAGAGGCCCAGUCUGUACAGUACGGCAAGGAAAGAGGAAACAAAAACAGAGUUUUUGCCAGGUCACCGAGCAAGCCUCUGGUCCGGAGACUCAUGAGCGGCUUGGACUGGGAGACCGUCAGUAGAAAUUCUCUCUCGGAUGACCGACUGGAGACUCAAAGCUUGCCGAACCGUUCUCCACCGGACUCGCCGAAUCAUAGUAAUUCUGUGUUUAACACAGAGGGGGCGCGUGUCAGGCCGUCCUCCAUCGGUCACUUGGUCGAUCAUGUGAUUGACGACUCGCCAUGUCAGACGUUCACCAACCACAAGUCUGCGUCCUCCACACAAGCAAACAGCAUCAGUCUAGAUUCAACACCGUCUCCAGAUGUAACCGCUGAUGAACAGCCACCGGCGUUGCCCCCGAAACAGUCCAGGAAAGACCCUCUCACCCAAAAUGGCAGAACCCAGUCCCAACAUGAGCUGGACGACCACUUGACUGAAAUUUACAACGUACCUACGGCCUCAGCAAAGAGCAUGAAUGGAGCGGUUCCUCAUGAUAAUCUUGUGCUGAUUAAAAUGAGGCCGGAUGAAAAUGGGCGCUUUGGAUUUAAUGUUAAGGGUGGCGCUGAUCAGAGGAUGCCCAUCAUAGUGUCCCGUGUGGCUCCAGGAACUCCAGCUGACAUGUGCAUGCCGCGCCUGAACGAAGGCGACCAGGUCGUGCUGAUCAACGGUCGGGAUAUCUCGGAGCACACUCACGAUGAUGUGGUUAUGCUAAUCAAAGCCAGCUGUGAGGACCAAUCAGGAGAGCUCAUCCUGCUCGUAAGACCCAAUGCCAUCUAUGAUGUAGAUGAAGACCAGGACAAGUUGGACCUGGAGCCCGAUUUCCAGUACAUUCCUGAGACAUCUAGUCUUGAUCAGUCCCACUCAGAUGCUGAUAGUCUAAAAUCCUCCAUUCAGCUGUUGAAAGACGGUCUUUCCAGCGGAACGGUCCUCGCGCAGUUUGAUCAACUGUACAGAAAACGGCUUGGGAUGUCCGUGUCAUGUGCCAGGCUGCCACAAAACGUCUCUAAAAACCGCUAUCGGGAUAUUUCCCCAUAUGAUGCUACACGAGUCAUAUUAAAGGGGGCGGAUGACUACAUCAAUGCAAAUUACAUCAACAUGGAGAUCCCCAGAACAGGUGAAGUAAAGCGCUAUAUCGCCUGUCAAGGGCCACUUCCUGGUACCUGCUCUGAAUUCUGGCAGAUGGUUUGGGAACAGAGCGCCCCCCUGGUGGUUAUGCUCACGACACAAGUCGAACGUGGCAGGGUAAAAUGUCAUCAGUACUGGCCGAAUGCUUCUGCGAGUGGCACGUAUGGGGACUUUCAGGUUACAUGUGUAUCUGAAGAAGGAAAUUCUGCAUAUCUACUCAGAGAACUCACACUUACACACGUGGAGAGUAAAGAAGAUCGACAGAUCUGUCAGAUGCAGUACAUGGCGUGGCCCGAUCACGGCGUACCGGUAGAUUCAUCCGAUUUCCUCAACUUCGUCAGUCAAGUACGCGGCAAAAGAGCCGAAACACAGGAGCCUGUGGUGGUUCACUGCAGUGCCGGGAUUGGUCGCACCGGCGUUCUCAUCACCAUGGAGACAGCGAUGUGUCUGAUAGAGAGCGGUCAGCCCGUUUAUCCGCUAGACAUCGUAAGGACCAUGAGAGACCAGCGUGCCAUGAUGAUCCAAACUCCUAGCCAGUACCGUUUCGUCUGCGAAGCGAUCCUGAAAGUUUACGAAGAGGAGAUUGUAAAACCGUGCGAGACCGAACCUACAGAAAAGGAGGAGUAAACCCUUGGAUUCUCGGAGGGCCCAACUACUGCCAGUGAGAAUGAUGCUCGGCUCGCUGGCGCCCCUGCUGGAAGGCAGCAGACGUGACCGGCGCGAGCCAGAAUACAGACGAAAAGCACUAUUGCACUUUAACAGCGACAAACAAUGAAAGGGAUUUUCAUUUACAAAAAAUAUCAGGUCACUGAUUAAUGGGUACUGUCAAUAAUGUUCAUUUCGGGAUCGGAGAAACAAACGUACUUUUGCUUUCGUGCCAAAAGCUGAAAUGAGCCACAAUCCAUGUCAGAAUGAACUCCUGCAUCCAACAUUUUUUUUAACAGUGAACAACGGGUGCUCGCCCCUUCUCUUCCCUUUUCCCGACUGUGACUGUACACAUUUUAACGUUUAAGUUUAAAACUUAACUUUAAACUGUUAAUUUAAGCGUCUUUUUAUAAGUUCAACAAAACCAGUUCGCCACUGAAAAAAUCAGCUUUUAAUGAUAUACAUUUUGUUCAGUUUUACUCCUGGGCCUUGAACCCCGUCUUUCACGAAGUACUAGCUAACGUUAUCGAACAUUUUCAAUGAGAAUAUCGCAAAUUCUCUCUAAAUUAAAUCCUAAAUUCACAAGCCACCAGCUUUGUGUCAGCUACACUGAAAAUGAGUCAUUGCUGCCAAAUUUCACAGCUGUUUGCCUCUUAAACCGAUUGGUGCUUUGACUAAUUAAUUAUUUAUUACAAGGGUGUGUGUAGCACAUAGCAUGCCUAAAGUAUGUAUCCUUAAAUACUCCAUAGGCAGCUGUUUGACUCUGGGUUCCGCAUCGAUCGGAUCUUGGAAGUAGAUGUUUGUUAAAACUUUAAAGCUGUGAAUUCAUGUUUGAUUUGUUGACGGAAACUGAAAGCUACUAGUUUCGAUCAACCAGUACUUCUGAUGCAAAUUAAAAUGUCAAAACUAAAAUAACAAUUUUCGGUAAUGUUUAGCAAAGCAUUUGCCCUUGUCAGCUUAAAGAUUGUCUCGUGAGUCAGUAUGGUUUUUUUUUGGUAGCAAUUUACGAUACGGGUGUGUUUUGUUAACAGCAAAUGCUAAUGAAUUAGCUAACAUGAUCUAGCAAUAAGUAAUACUUAAACUGUGUUCAAUUAUUAGUUUAGCAUGACUUACAUUUCAUUUAUUAUAUUUAACCAAUAAUAAAUGCUAAAAGACUAUAUUGCUUAUUGUUAGUUCACGUGAAAAUGUUAACAAAACAACCAUAUUUUAAAAUGUUAGGAAUUUUUUAUGUUUGAAAUGAAGAUUUCUGGUACAAAAUUUGAAUUACGAAUAUCACAAAGUAGGAAUAUUUGGUGCUGAGUGAAAAAUAUCUGUGCUCCACCCUCUAUAGAGCACAAGUUCACAUUUUGCUUAUUGUUGGUAAUGCUACUCUAAAUUUUGUCACAUAGUUGUCUAUUACCUGCAAUAUAAUCCAUAAGGUGGUCAUAAAUCCUACAUGGCCAUGCCUUUAGAACAUAAAAUAUUUGACUAGUCUGCGUUAAAGUGCAAAUUGCCGAAAUUUAAGAAACGCUUGUGGACCUGCACGUUUUCGACGGUAGCGAUCAAUGAAUUUGGCUUAACAAUUGUUUUAACGGUAUAUGAUCAUGAAAAAUUUUCCGCAAAUAAUAUAUAUUUAUAAAUUACAGCUCAAACAAAGCAUUUUUAAUGUGAAACUCCACACCAUCUUAAUCGUUUACGAUCGUGACCACUUUGGCACUUCACGUUUUUCCUUUACGACGUUUCGCGAAAACGAUUUGACGUCAAGGACCAAUCCCGCCCACCGUUUUGAAUGUCGAGCCGAUUCGCUUCACUGUACGUCGUCAUAGUGCAGCAGCUAGAAAUUUACUAGCGAUGUUACCGUUGGAUAUGGUGGUAUUUUUGUAUUUAAAGAAAAAAACGAACGACAUAAGGGCAGCACUUUGUAACUGACUUUGUAGUCAGAUGUGCUACUGUAGAAUUUAUACUGUAAUUGUGAAAUGGGGGGGAAAGGCUGUUUAAUUAUAUUUAUGUUGAACAUUUUGUUGAAUAAGAAAACCUGUGUGGGGGGGUCUUAACUACAUAGUGUCAUAUGUGAAAUAUUUGUAAAUACGAUGUUAUAUAUUAAAAGUGUUCUGAAAAGAUAACAGUGAUCGUUUUUAUUUAGUACAUCUAAAAAAUUAGGGAAGUAUGCAGAAUAUUGUAUGUUACAUUUGUAUAUUGUAUGGUUGUGUUAGUGUGUGUGUUCGAGAGAG